UCGACGAUCGUUUAGCCAUGCGGUGCGCCAAUUUAGUUCUCGCGGUCGCCCUAUUGACAUGUUCUUUUGCUGAAGAACAUGAAAAUACAAGUGAUAGAAGUGAUUACAAACGGUCAUUAACGAAAGACUGUGAAAACACCUAUUCCGCGACUUGUUUAAAAUUGGACAUUGUUAGCUGGGUUGACAAACUAAACGAAAACGAAAACUUUAGUGUAUUUCCUGGAGUUUCCAUAGUGCGAGAAAAUGCCAGUGCCAGGGCAAACACAGCUGAUAUAGUAGCUGAUUUAGCUAGAGACUUUCCCAAUGAUCCUGAUGCAAGAUUGGAUGCGUUUCUGGUAAAGAAAGUUCAAGGGUUCUUCACCAGCCAUUCCGUAAAACUUAACCUCUUCGAUGCAGAAAGUGCUGAGUCUGCACGUAAAGGUGGCGGUGGUGGAGGAGGAGGUGGCGGCAAAAAAGGAGGAGGUGGAUUAGGGCUUAUCUUUGCUGCAGCUGCUAUGAUGAAAAGUACCCUAUUAGCUCUUGCUCUUGGAGCCUUGGCGGCCCUUGCUGGUAAGGCACUCAUGACUGGUCUCAUUUCCUUAUUACUCUCUGCCAUAAUUGGUCUUAAGUCGCUGUCUGGAGGUGGAGGCAAAACCACGUAUGAAGUAGUUUCCAAACCAGUGUAUACGCAUUCAUCGUCUCAUUCUACUGGACAUGAAGACUACCACCAUGGGCAUUCAGGAUAUGGAAGGAGCUUUGAUAUGCCUUUACCACUUGGACUUCAGCCGGAAUACAAACCUGCUUAGUAUUUUUCAAUUUGUUUGUUGUUAUUUAUUUGUUAAUAAAUUAUUUAUUUAUUUCUUUGUAUAAA